AUGUUCAAAUUAGCCCUAUUCUUCUCAUUUUACGUACUUAACCUGUAUUGUGAUACCGUGAAUAAGCCAAAUAAUGGAGGAGCUACUUACGACGCAAGCUCUGAUGGGGCUAAAAGUGAUAAAUAUGUCACCACAGUAAUUGCUCCAAUUGCUCAAGCUUACAAGGCACCAACAGCUAAUUCUUACUCUUCUUAUCCUGCAACAGCGGAUGAUUCUUACUCUUCUGAUUCAUACUCGGCUUCUUACCCUUCGGGUGACUCUAGUUCUUACGGUGGUGGUGAUAUCCCGACCUUUGACGAUUAUUUCAUUUCUUAUAACUAUGCACCUUAUCCUUAUAAUAGUUAUUCCAAGACCGGGAGCUAUGACAAAGACUAUUCGCCUAAUUCAUAUGGUUCCAGAAAGUACGAAAGUGUGAGCAAGGUCUAUGGACAUGGCAGUGAUUAUUCUCCUAACCCUUAUAGUUCCUCCAGAUAUGGCAGCGACUAUUCUCCUAACUCUUACGGCUCAUAUAACAGAUAUGGCAACGACUAUUCUCCUAACCCUUAUGGUUCCCCUAACAGAUAUGGCAGCGACUAUUCUCCUAACCCUUAUGGUUCCUCUAACAGAUAUGGCGACGACUCUCCUCCUAAAUCUUAUAGUAUAAACAACUAUUCUCCUAAAUCUUAUAGCUCCAAUGACUAUUCUCCUAAAUCCUAUAUUUCCAGUUAUGGUUCAUCUAACAGAUAUGCUAGUGACUAUUCUCCUAAUUAUGAGUCUAAUUACAAUUCUGAUUCUUAUGGUUCCAACAACUAUGGAGGAAAUAGAUAUGGUGCGGGAGAGAGAUAUGGCUUAUCUUCCGCGAAAAAAUAUAGCGGAUAUAAUGAUGGUGGAUAUGGGCAGAGUGGUGAUAGAAAAUCUUAUUCCUCUCCCACCAUUUAUGGUAGCAGGGGGUCUUACAAGAGAAAUUAG